GACUGAGCUUGGCAGGAUCCUUCAUUGGCUAGUUCCAGAUCACUUUCUCCAGAUUGACGGCAAACUUGACUUGGGCUAAGUCCCGCGUCACCUUUGUAUCCAACGACUACAUCCACUUUGAACAGCAUCGGACCAAAGAUUCCCUCAGGUCUCCCUCCAGCGUGGGAGUCAUGGAUAAAUCUGCUGCUGCGAAUGCUUUUGGCAUUCUUGGUGCAGUCCUUUGGUCGCUCCAGCUCCUUCCCCAGAUGUGGAAGAACUUUCAUCGUCACUCCACGGAAGAACUCUCUCCACAUUUCUUCCUUGCAUGGUCCAUCGCUGGUAUUCCACUGGGCAUCUACAACAUCGUCGACGAUUACAACAUCGCACUUCAGAUACAGCCGAACAUCCUGAUCAUCCUCAGCUUGAUUACUUGGUCGCAGUGUAAGCACUACGGCGACAAAUGGACCUUGAAAAAGACGAUUCUCGCAAGCACCUUCAUCGCCCUCAUUUUCGGCGGCAUCGAAGCUGGCCUGGUCUUUGCUCUUCGCCUGGGUCGUGAUAGAGGUACUCAUUGGCCUUCCACCUUGAUGGCUAUUCUUGCGGCAGCGUUACUCGCUGGUGGCGUGUUGCGACAUUGUGUAGACAUGAUCAAGACUAGGUCCGAUGCUGGCAUGUCAUUGAAGUUUGCAGCGCUAGACGCCAGUGGAGAUCUUGCGUCACUCCUGUCUGUUGUUUUCCAGCCGCAUCUGAAAGUCUUGGGGCUGGUGAUAUACGGCUCGGAGUUGGCUAUCUGGAUUGGCCUGAUCGUUCUUGUUUUCUAUUUCCGGCUUUGCGCUGGAAUCAGAUCAGAUAAGAGCAGAACCGCAGCUCCUUCCUACGGGGGUUGAUGACCACAAGCUAGCUUGAUUGAGCCAUCGGUAUGUCGCCGUUUACAAGACAGAUCUCUGUCCGCUUCGUCAAGACCCCGUCUCGAGAACAGC